CAAUCUUAUUGCAACUCUGCAUCGUCAUUGGACCUGGUUUAACUAGGUGUUUAGUGGGUGUUCCAGCACACUGCACGAGAACACCACAAUAAGUAUAAACAUCAAAUUCCUGAGUGCACACAUUGAAGACCAUGACUAAGACAGCAAGAUCUAAAUCGAAACUUCUAGAUUGCAAUCUUUGUUCUAUUUCUACAAAGCCCUCAAGCAAUUAAUUGCACAUACAGAAAAGUAAUAAGUCCUUAUUUCUUUUUUUCCUAAUAUCCAAAAAGGUCUGUGUGAACCUUCUUUUAGCAGGUCAAACAAAGUCCAGAAGUUAGUCCUGAGUAAAGAUAAACAGCAGCUCCAAGGGACAAAUAGAGGCGGGCCGGAUGGUAACUGUAUACUUGUGACUGAUUGGACAAGAUAAGUCUUUUAAACUUGGAUUGUGUUGAAAAGCCUUUUAGUAAAUAUUAGCCGAUGAACAAAGACACAUCUUUGCUGCCACUGAUUUGAAAAAGUCAUGAGCGGAUGUCCAUACUUUGAGAAGAAGCAUUUGUUAUUCAAAAACAAACCUCCUAAAACUGAAGAGGAUGACGACGCCUCUCAGGCAGGGGUCAACAAAGCCACUAAAGGAGGGAUUGUCUAUGGAGACUACCUACAGCUCAAAAAAAUACUCUCAGCUCAGGUUCUGCAAAGUGAACUAAAGGCCAAUAAGAUCCACGAUGAGCACCUCUUCAUUGUCACUCAUCAAGCCUAUGAACUGUGGUUCAAACAGAUUUUGUAUGAACUGGAUUCUGUGCGAGAGAUCUUCAUCAGUGGACAUGUCCGGGAUGAACGUAAUAUGCUCAAAGUCAACACGCGCAUCCACAGGAUUGUGAUGAUCUUCAGACUGUUGGUUGACCAGUUUGCAGUUUUGGAAACAAUGACAGCCUUGGACUUUUUUGACUUUAGGGAAUACCUGUCUCCAGCCUCUGGCUUCCAGAGCCUCCAGUUUCGGCUCUUGGAGAACAAAAUUGGGGUCCCAGACAACCUGCGGGUUCCGUACAACAGACGCCAUUACAGAGACAACUUUAAAGGUCAUGACAGUGAAAUGCUGCUCACCACUGAACAGGAGCCAACACUUUUAAAAUUAGUCGAGGAGUGGCUGGAGAGAACUCCUGGCUUGGAGGUGGAUGGCUUCAAUUUCUGGCAAAGGCUGGAAAUCAAUAUAUUUGAUGGGUUAAAUCAGGAGAAGGAGAAAAUUGAGAAAAUGCCCGAUUCUGAGGAGAAAGAGGAACUGAUGGCAGAGCUGGUCAAACAGAGAGAGCUUUUCACAUCUCUGUUUGAUGAAAAGCGCCACGAUCACCUUGUCAGCAAGGGUGAGAGGAGACUCUCUUACAAGGCUCUACAAGGUGCUCUGAUGAUCUACUUCUACAGGGAGGAGCCAAGGUUCCAGGUUCCCUUCCAGCUGCUCACAUCCCUCAUGGAUAUCGACACCCUCAUGACAAAAUGGAGAUACAAUCAUGUGUGCAUGGUACAUCGGAUGAUUGGCAGCAAAGCUGGCACAGGGGGUUCAUCUGGCUAUCACUACCUUAGAUCAACUGUCAGUGACCGCUACAAAGUUUUUGUGGAUCUUUUCAACCUGGCAACAUUCCUGGUGCCUCGCCACUGGGUACCCAAGCUGAAUCCCAACGUUCAUACUUUUCUCUACACGGCUGAGUGCUGCGACAGCUCCUACUGCAGCAGUGACGACUCAGAUUAGAGUGCAUCUGGCUCGUCUGCCCACUUAAACAGAUCUCCCAGCGGUGGAUUAUUUACACAUUUCAAUUAGAGGUGAACAGCAGGUCAAAGAAACACAUUUUGUUGAUGUCUGUGAACUAUAAUCUAUGACGUCUCGUCGGUGUAUCUUUCAAGAACCCACACACUGGAAUAGAGUGUAUGUGUUUUCCUGAAUGGAGGCAGUUCAAAAUAUAGUCAACAAUAACAUAGGAUUAAGCAGAAUUUCAAAUCUAGAUGAAAUUUUUGGGAGGAUGUGGCAUUUUAAAUCAGUUGGAUGUUGGACUGAAGAAUAAUAGAGGGGUUAGUCUGAAGUGUAAAACACUGAAUAUUGCUGAUGGCUUUGCAUUUAUUUACAUGGCAUGACGCGUAAAUGCACAAUACGUUUGUACAUUUUAAUGUUAACAAGCAAGACAAAAGCAAACGCUAAAUAAAUUAUGCUGCAGGCUUAUAAUGUCAUAUCUGACAGAUAAUAAAUCAAAUAUUUAAAUAGACAAAUUAAGACUAUUUUACUUUAAUCUUGACUGUGAGCCACACAGUACCGCAGAUGGCUCCUUGAUAAAAAGCUGCUCAGAUGUUUCCUCAAUAAAAUUAUGUAAAUUGACUGAGAUUGACCUGAAAGCAAACAGAUCAGUGAGAGCAGUGAUCAAACUGUGAGUGCAAGGACAACGCUGGUGGCGAUGAUGGGUUUUUACAAAAAUGGAUCAUCUUUCAUCUCAGCACAGGGAUGGUGUCAUAGAGGGAGUCAUUUCAGACUACUCAGAUGUGUCUUGGGUGCAUAAAGGUGUACGGCAAAUGAUAAUGAACCGCAACCACAGCGACGUCAGAGUCAAACAGAACCAUUUGCACAGCAUAAAAUAUGAACCAGAAAAUUGUACAUAAUGUUAUGUUGUUUUGGUAAAGUUUUUAAAUUAAUUUUGUCAUGUAUUUAUGCACGGAUUAAUGUCAUAUCUUUAUAGCUAAAUUUAUGAGUCAUGUAACCCCUGUCAUAUACGUACGUAUUUAAUAAAGAUAUGUUUUAUACAGUGGAACAAUUCAGAUUAUUGUACUUUUGCAGUGAUGUGUUUUAUUGUUCUAUUAAAAUUCAACACUUGCCAGCA